AUGUCUUCAUUAGCUAAACGAUUUGAUAGUGGACAAUUACAAACAGAAACAACAAUAUCUAUUAAUCAAAUUGAUUAUCUUGAUGUAGAUAUUCGAUCAAUAUUAAUUAAUGAUCUUUCUAUUCAACAUUUAUUUUCUGUUCAAUCACAAGUUAUACCUUAUUUAAUUCAACAAAACCAAUCACAUUCACCAAUACCAUUAGCUGAUAUUUGUGUAUCAUCACCAACAGGUAGUGAAAAAACUUUAACAUAUGUUAUACCAUUAUUACAAUAUUUAGCUGAAGAAGUUUAUAAUGUUGUUAAUCAAAUAGGAAAUAAAUUACAAUUAAAAACAGCUUUACUUGCUGGACAACAUUUAUUUAAAGAUGAACAAAAAAUUUUAGUUAAACAACAAUUGAAUGGAAGUAGGAAAAGUCUUGUGUAA